AUGCCCCCAGCCUCAGCCUCAGUCCUCACAGCCCUCACCCGCCGCACAAGUGGAACGAUCGCCCAUUUAACAAUCUCCCGCCCAGCCAAACUAAACGCCCUCAAUAGCCCCCUCCUCACCCAACUACCCCAAACUCUCCACUCCCUCACAGCCAACCAUGCAGACCUCCUAUGCAUAAUCCUCACCGGCGCCGGAUCCAAAUCCUUCAUCGGCGGCGCGGAUAUCGCCGAAAUGGCCAGGUUGGACUCUCCGGGCGCAGCGAGAACCUUUAUAUCACGGGUUUCGGGGGCUUGUAGGAGUAUACGCGAAUGUCCGGUUCCGGUGAUUGCGAGAGUGAAUGGGUAUGCGUUAGGAGCAGGGUUGGAGGUUGCGGUUUCGUGUGAUUUUAGGGUUGUGUGUCGGGGGGCAGUCUUUGGAAUGCCCGAGGUUCGAGUGGGUAUUCCCAGUGUCGUUGAAGCGGCUCUUCUGCCAGGGUUGAUUGGAUGGGGUCGGACCAGGCAAUUGCUCAUGCUGGGGGAGAACAUCACAGCCGAUGAAGCUUUGAAAUGGGGUCUGGUCGAGAAAGUCGUUGAGCCGGAGGCAUUGGAUGAUGCUGUGGAAGAGUGGGUGUGUCAAUUAGAGAAGAAUGGUCCUCUGGCUGUGCGCAGGCAAAAGGCUUUGAUACAGAAGUGGGAGAAUCCAUCUUUGGAACGGGCGAUUCAGGCAGGAGUCACCGCGUUCGAGGAGUCGUUCGUGUCGAAAGAAGGUGAAAUUACGGAGUCGGCGAGGAUGCUUGGUGCGUUCUUGAAGGAUAAGUCGCGGAUUUGA